GGCUGUCAGUGUGGAGUAGUGCUGGAGGCUGCAAGGGAACUGUGGAAAGUUCCUGAGAGUGCAAAAAGGCAAUCAUUCACAGAGAAUCACAGAAAGAAGACUGAGACUCUUUCUCAAAAAGGAUAUAGAACCCGUUCUCGCACCUCGGGCCUGUUGCGCAGGCUGCGAUUGCUGGGGCAGCACCUUGGGGACUUAAAGGAAGUUGGGACUGGGCAGCGUGGUGAUGAUGUGGCUGUCUCAGGAGUGGGCCUGGCAGGCUGUUCUCCUGCUGAUUGGACUCGCAUCGCUGAGCUGCAGGUCUGAUGCAAACAUGUUGGACACCAUGCUACUGAAGAGUGGAUGGAAGGAGGGAACGGAGCGGCUGGUGGGGGAGAGCAGCAGCACAGCCACAGUUUCAGCCCAGAACAUCCUGCGGUGCCACUGCUACCCCCAGUGCCCCGAUGGCUCUGUCAACAACACUUGCACGACUAAUGGCUUCUGCUUCACCAUGGUGACGGAGGAGGAAGGGGGUCAUGCUGUAAUGUCAGCAGGCUGUCUGGCACUGGGCGGCUCCGAGUUCCAGUGCAGAGACACAUGGAGUGCACGUUCAUGGAGAACUCUUGAGUGUUGCACGGAUCAAGACUACUGCAACAGGGACCUACAUCCAACUCUGCCCUCACUUGUGACAUCAGAAUACGUGGACAGCAGUAUCCAGUACAUAGCGCUCUUCAUUUCAGUCACAGUUUGCAGCAUCCUUGGUGUUAUUCUUGUCUUCUGCUACUACAGAUAUAAGAGGCAGACAUCACAGCCGCGCUACAGUAUUGACCUAGAGCAGGAGGAGACCUACAUUCCUCCAGGGGAGUCUCUGAAGGACCUGAUUGAGCACUCCCGCAGCAUUGGCUCUGGCUCUGGCUCUGGACUCCCUCUGCUGGUUCAGCGUACCAUCGCCAAGCAGAUUCAGAUGGUUAAGCAGAUCGGAAAAGGACGAUAUGGUGAAGUCUGGAUGGGCAAAUGGAAAGGGGAGAGAGUAGCUGUCAAAGUCUUCUUCACCACCGAGGAGGAGAGCUGGUUCAGAGAGACAGAAAUUUAUCAGACCUUUCUAAUGAGGCAUGACAACAUACUGGGUUUCAUAGCAGCUGACAUUAAAGGAACCGGCUCAUGGACUCAGCUCUACUUAAUCACAGACUACCAUGAGAAUGGAUCCUUGUAUGACUACCUCAAGUCCAACACUUUAGACGUCAAGUCUCUGCUGAAGUUGGCAUAUUCCUCCAUUUCAGGCCUGUGUCACCUGCACACAGAGAUCUACGGCACACAGGGUAAACCUGCUAUAGCACACCGAGACCUGAAGAGCAAAAACAUUUUGGUGAAGAAAAAUGGAUUCUGCUGUAUAGCAGACCUGGGCCUUGCUGUUAAGUUUAACAGUGAUAUAAAUGAAGUAGAUAUUCCUCAUAACCUUCGAGUUGGAACCAAGCGCUACAUGCCACCUGAGGUGUUGGAUGAGUCUCUGAACAGGAGCACCUUUCAGUCUUUUAUUAUGGCUGACAUGUAUAGUUUUGGACUAAUUCUUUGGGAGAUGACUCGGCGUUGCAUCUCUGGAGGUGUUGUGGAGGAAUAUCAGCUGCCUUAUCAUGACCUCGUUCCCACUGACCCUUCCUAUGAGGACAUGAGAGAGGUUGUCUGCAUUAAGAAGCAAAGACCAUCAUUUGCUAACCACUGGAGCCAUGAUGAGGGUCUAAAACAGAUGGGAAAACUGAUGUCAGAGUGCUGGGCUCACAACCCGGCCUGCCGACUCACAGCACUGCGGGUGAAGAAGACCCUGGCAAAGAUGUUAGAAUCCCAAGACAUCAAAUUAUAACAGAGUUAAGAGAGGUGCUCUCCUCACCCACAGACUUGUCAUUGCCACUGGCAGAGGCCAAUCUCAAUGGCCAAGAGAAGAAAGGGAAAAAUAAGAGACUGUGAAUAAUAGGGAAAAAAACUGACAGCGAGGAAAAGUGAUGGAGAUAAUGGUCACCGAGGGGACACAAUAAAAAGAGAAGCAAAAGAUUUAUUUCAAUGCGGGAGAUGCUCCCCCCCCCCACCGACUGUCUGAACCAUGUCUGCCUCAGACUAAGUUUUCAGGUUGUGCUUUCUGUGAAAGCUGAGUGAUUGCCAGAUCCAGACUGUCCAGGUGGACACGUGGUGAAGGACAGCUGCAGGAGAGAACUCAAAUCCCUCUUAUCAGGUCCAAACAGAAGGACACCCUGCACUGCUUUCUAAAGCCAUAUAGCAGUAUUAUAUUAUCAGUCUUUUGUACUGUCACAGCUGCCUUUUCGUGUGUUUGUGCGUGUGUUUUCCUUUUUUUUGUUUUUGUUUUGUGAGAGUCACUGCAUGAAAAGUUUGCAGUCCUAUUCAUGGUGACUGUAUUCAUCCAAAGAAAUAUUAAGUCUAAUCAGCAACCUCAUUGUAAAAUAUGUAUUGUUAUUAUUGUUAUUAUUAUUAUUAUUGUUAUUAUAAAAAGAUAAGUCUACAUUCUGUAAUUGUUUUAUUUUUGCUUUUUUUCAUUUCUCUCUAAUGUGUCUUUCAUUGUAAUUUUAGGGCCUAGCUCUCCCUCAUAGUCUCCCCUUUUUACUGACAGUUCUUUUGUACAGAGUUGAUUUGAAGUCUGUUAAUUAU